ACACACGCCACUUUUUCUCGGACAUGAGCGCGUGUGUGCGUCAUUCAGAACUAAACUGAGAAUUCCUUUCAAACUCAAUUCCUGAACCGUAACAGAGGGAGCAAACAGGAUGCGGGAUUCAGAUUUCAAUUCAAGGAAAACGUUUAAAAGAAAGAAAGUAUGAACAUAACAUGUGGAGUAUCUCAGAAACAUUAGGAUCUGAGGGGUAUCGUGGCAGUGUUUGCCUGUCUGUCCCUCGGCAAAUGUUCUAACAUUGCUGGGUUUCGCACCUCGGCAUCAGGUCUGCUGCCCAAUGGCACUGAUUCCCUCUCGUUGGCACCAUUGGGGCCCGUGGUGGAGCCCGAUAUGUCUUACUGUCAGAUGAUUCUGGAAGCUCCGGUUCCGCCCACAGCUGAUCAGGUACCGUGGUACUGCAUCUGCUCUGCCUGCUCUGCACAAAAAUCCCAGAAGGGAGAGAAAGGCGGCCGUGGGCUACCAGGGAGUCCUGGUAGUCCCGGUCCAAGAGGACUCACCGGGUUUCCCGGUCGCCCAGGACCAACGGGACGUCUUGGCAUCAAAGGUGAGAAAGGUGAAAUAGGGGACAAGGGUGAAAUGGGUCCCAUUGGACGCCUUGGGAUGAAGGGAGACAGAGGCUUCAAAGGCGAUAAGGGUGAAUCUGGUCUGGAAGGGCCUGAGGGUCAACAGGGUCCAAAAGGAGAGGACGGUCAGUGCCCUGAAACCUGCGAGCCUGUCCCCGGAGUGCCAGGUGAAGCGGGACUCCCCGGCCCGGCAGGAGCGCGGGGGAUACCUGGGUUAAAUGGAGCAUCUGGUCCAAAGGGGCAAAAGGGAGAUCUGGGCGUGAUUGGUGCUCCUGGCGACAUAGGUGUACCGGGUCAAAAGGGAGACCAGGGUCCUGAGGGUAUGUGCAACUGCAGCGAUGGAACUCCAGGAACCCAGGGUCCUCAGGGGGAAAUGGGUGAAAAGGGAGACACGGGUGCACCAGGGCAGCAGGGUUCGAGCGGAACCACUGGACCCCAAGGUAAGCAAGGCGAGAUGGGAAUGCCGGGUAGGCCCGGGCCGUGCUCGCCCGCCGUGCAGACGGGUUUCUCAGCCGCCCUGACCGUCUCCUUCCCAGUGCCCAAUCGCCCGAUUGCGUUCAGACGCAUCAUUUACAAUAAGAACCAAAACUACAACCCUGAAAACGGCGUCUACACGGCCCCUGUGAACGGAACCUACGUGUUUAGCUACCACCUGCAGGUGAGUACCCGCCCGCUGAGGGUGGGACUCUUCCACAACUUCGAGCCUGUGAUAAAGACGAUCACACCCGUUGAGUUGAACACGGCAUCGCAGCAGGUGGUGAUGGGUCUGACCCAGGGCGACUGGGUGUGGUUGCAGGUGCGAGACCUCAACAAUAACGGCAUGUUCACUGGGACGGAGUCCAGCAGCACAUUCAGCUGCUUUCUGCUGCAUCCAGACAACUGCGAUGACAUGGCGGCGAGAGAUUUCAAUGUCGGUCCACAAAUCAACGGAGACUUCAGCUGGGAGUAGACAGAUUAACCAAACCCCUAGAUAUACAUCACCCCACGCUCUUAAUGUACAUCACCCUACAUCCUAAAACUGCACCCUAAACCCACAUUCUCCAUCUGCAGUUCUUAAUCCUGCUUCUGGGAAUCCACAGCAACCCUCCUGCGUCACAGAUAUUUCUCAUGAAAAAAAAGAGGCAGAAAUCUUCCAGAGUUAAAGAAGAUGUGUCAAACUGGGGUCAUGAAAUGGCAAGUCUGCAAUUAAAAGGCAAUAUGAUUGCAGAAUUUUUCUUCAAUGGACUCAAAUCCAGAUUAUUUCACCUCUAGAAUCUACAUUAAUUUUUAACUCUAUACUUUAAUAAACUAUUUUUCACAAGCAUUUUUAAAAUGACCCUUAAAUUAAAAAAAUUCAAUUGAAUUUUCAAUCAUCUUUUGUGUCCCAUUUCUGAUUUAAUGACCAGCUGUUCAUGAACUGAACGGGUCCGAUAAGAAACAAAGAAAAUGUAAAUGACUUUGGAUGGUCAGAUCCAGAAUUAAGAAUCACACUGCCUCCUAAACUCUUUUCCACACCUUUAUCUACACCCAAAACCAGUAAAAAUUCUUUACUCCUGUUGAUAUAAUAGUAGGUUGUAGAUGUAGAGGAAGACCUUUCUAUCAUGUUUUAAAUGAAAAUGUUUUCCAACUGGAUGCGUUUGGCUUCUAUUAACACUUUGUCAUCUAAUGUCAUUAGUUUUUUUUGUGGUCGAGAAGACCAGUUUACAGCCCCACACUCGUGAAAAACUAAAAACAAGUAGCAAUGCACCAGACAUUUCAUCUCUGUCUUAAUUAUUCAAUGGAGAUUCAUGAUGAACUUAGUGUGAAAGUGUGAGGGAGAGAGCGAGCGAGAGAGAGAGGGAGGGAGGGGCUUUGGUCUUGCACUCAGAAGUAAAACAA